ACAUCAACGAGUGUGUUAUGAAUACCCACAGCUGCAGUGAUAAAAAUGCUACUUGUAAAAAUACCAAAGGAUCGUUCAAGUGCAUUUGUAAUCCUGGAUUCAGCGGGGAUAUCGACAAUUGUACAGACAUCGACGAGUGUGUUACAAAUACUCACAACUGCAGCAAGAACACCCACUGUACAAAUACCGAGGGAUCUUACAGCUGCUCUUGUAAUCCUGGAUUCAGCGGGGAUAUAGACAAUUGCACAGACAUCGACGAAUGUGUUAAAAAAACCCACAACUGCAGCAAGAACGCCAAAUGUACAAACACCGAGGGAUCCUACAACUGCUCUUGUAAUCCUGGAUACGGUGGGGAUGGACAUAAAUGUCAAGGUAUAAUACAGCAGAGCAUGACAUGA